GUUGUUAUUGCGCGGCGCCGCAACGGCCGAUUUCAAAUGUCAACCAGGUGCAAAGUAGCAAAGCGAAUAAAAACAUUCAAAACGGCGACUGCGCCCGCGAAUUUCAAGUUAUUUGUGAGAAAAAGAGUGCGAAAUCUGCAGAAGGAUAAUGUGAAAAGCGAAGUAAUUUGCAAGGCAAAACACUGCGCAAGGAUAUAGAGAAAUAAAAUGCCUUACGGACAUUGGGGAUAACUGCUGUGUCCUGUUUAGUCAGUGGCAGUUUUCAGUGGAUAUUCGUUGUGUCUGGGCGGAGCGGGCCUUUGUAAAGCGUUUAAGUUGUAGUGGAAAAUUGUUUUUAAUAUAUUUAUAUUUCAAUGGAAUAUUUAAAAAAUUUAUUCUUUUCGUAUGCUCCAAAUGAGUCAUGAGAGUUUUUGAAUGCCUUAAAAAAUAAUUUUGUGAAUAAAAUUUAAUGGCAAAACGAAUAAACGAAUAUAAGUAUAUUUUAGUGUGUACUAAGAAAGUUUAACGUGGUUAUUUUCGGUUAAUAUUGCAUUCAAGUUAAAACUCACUAGCCGCCAGUAUUCCAUUCAACAUGAAAACUCGUCUCGUUUCGUUAACCUACCGCGGCAGCGCUUCUGUAGAUCCGCGCUAUUCCGCUGCUAUGCUGCCAUGGACUAUCAAUGAUAUUCGCUCCACUGAGAGUUACUCGAAGCUGUCCGUUGGCAUCGAAAAUGGCGUACUCGAGUCGUACAACUCCGAUUUCGAAUUACAAUUCAGUCAUCCACUCAAGCAUAUUGUCGGCAUGUGCCGUAUCGUUCACAAGCAGAGCAACGCAAAAAGCGCCGGCAAUGGGUUUCUUCAAUUGAAGGCUUUCACUAACGGUGGCAACAGCAGCAACAAUACGAAUGGUUUUAAGUCAAGCAAUACCACUGGUGGACCUCUGACCACCUCCACUUCGUAUGGUUCACUCUCUUCGAGUGCCGCACUGCGUGAAAGGGAACGCGAGCGCGAGCGAGAGAGUGCUAAUGGCGCAGAGGGUGGUGCAAAUGAUGUAGCGAAUGGUGGAAAUGCAAAUAAUUUCAUGGAAUUCCUUGGUCCCAUCACCGGACUGGUGUACUUGAUGAAGGAUCCACGCGAUCCGCUCUUACAUAUUUAUCUCUUCGAAUGUGAAGCUGUUGAGGAGAUGGCCGAACUCAUGCAUCAAAUGCGUGAUCCAGCGCAUACGCUAGGCGGCUCUGUGGGCAGCAUACCACAGACGUUUGUCGCCAAUGGCUCCAACAGCGACAUGUCCAUGCAACGCGCGCUCACCGGCAAUGGCAACGGCGGCAUACACACCACACCGGCCACGAAUCUCAAACUUAGCGAAGCCGUACGCAAUGCUCAACACGAUGCUAGUCCCAAUAUCGUCUCAUCGAAGAUGAAAUCAUCUAAGUCAUACACGCAUGGCUUGAGCAAUUCAGCGGGCACAGUGCACAUUCCAACGUCUACCUCUGCGCAGAGCAAUCUCUCGCUACUUGCCGAUAUCUCACCCAAUCACACGCACUUCUUCGAGGUUAUGUAUGUAGGUAAAAUUCGUGUAUCGCACAAGCGUGUGCCCUUCUCUUUCAUCGAUGAUGCCUUGCCCAAGUUCAGGGCGUACGAUGCACAACGCACACGUCUAAUGCAGUUAACCACUGCCGCUUCAUCCUCAACUGUUGGCGGCGCAACGUCACAAAUGGCAACAAAUCGUAAACUUUCAUUGAAUGUCGAGUGCACUAGCGGCAAUAAUAGCGCAAUAACUUUCGACCUUAAAAACACUUCGCUCAAGGAGAGCGAUGCUGAGGAGUCGACCGAAGCGGAAGUGGAUACUGAGGCAGAAGCUGAAGCUGAAGCUGAAGCUGAGACUGCAACGGAACGGAUUCAACAGCAGGAUGUACCGUGCAGUCAGAGCGUAGAAGCGGCCAUUUCAGAAUUGGCAAUGCAAAAAAAUAGUGGUGCACAACCGGCUGAGGAUGAGCAAAAAAUGUCGAACAAAGAAAAUAAAUCACCGAAACGUUUAAUGCGCGGCAUGAGUCACACGGAACUUCCUGUUAAGAAAGAUGGCACUGCUGAGGAGGAGAACGCAGCCGAUUCAACAGAGAUGCUGGUUGCACCAAAUGUUAUAGUCAACAAACAUCCAUCGCCACCGCGUCAAGCGCAAGAGGAUAAAAAUGAGCAAUCAGAGCAACAAGAGAAGACGACGGCAGCAGAAGCAGGCCCACAACAACAACAGCCUACGAUAGCACAGCAACCUGCCUAUGCCACGCUCGAUACCAUCCCCAAGCAACGCGAUCGCUCUGCUUCGUAUGGCUGCAUUCCACCUUACGUGGAGCAGAAUCGUACUAUGGUCUUCCUCGUUGGCCGCUCCGAUCUGCGUCUCAUUUCUCCGGAUCGAAAACAGGUAUUGCUCUACAAGGAUUUCAAGGACGUCGCCAGCUGUGCGCAGGGUCAAAAGAAUCCCGAUCACUUUGGCAUCAUUUGCCGUGAGGUGCACAACGACGGCUACAUUGGCUACGUCUUCAAAUGCCAAUCGGAUCAUGUGUGCGACGAUAUUGUUGCUGCCAUUUCGCAGGCAUUCGUAACAUGCGCCGAGCAAAAGAAAAAGGAGGCCACACAGAUCUUCUCGUGCGAGCACUGCCCCAUGCUGUGGUAUCACAAACUCUGCACCGAUGUUGAGGGCUUAAGUGAGAAGAAGACACAAGCGAUGAUCUUUCGACGCAUUGAAUCGCUGACCGAUGAUGAGCAGGACAUGAUUUGGGCCAAGUACUAUGGUUCGGAGAAGACAAGCUCACCUUUGGCGGAACAAAAUCAAUUUUUAAUGAUGCUACUGCGCGCUCAUUGUGAAUCGCGCCAACAGCGUCAUGUGCACGAUACCGCAGAGAAUCGUUCGGAAUUUCUGAAUCAAUAUUUAGGUGGUAGCACCAUUUUCAUGAAGGCUAAACGCUCGCUUACCAACUCAUUCGAUCACUUGCUGAAGCGGAAGGCUUCGAAAGAUGACAUCGGCGUGCCGCAUGGUUUGCGGGACAUUCAGGGGCGCGAAGCUUCUACCGAACCACAACCGGUUAGUCGUAGUGGCAAUGAAACGCCACCAGAUGGAUUCCGCUCGCGUUCGAAUACGAUUGGUGGCGCCAGUCCGAGCAAACCCAGCGCAGAGCACUUAAAGAGUCCCAUGAUGGACAUCUUUAUAAAAGUCGGUAAUAGUCCGAAAGAAUCGGAAGCGCAUCAAGCUUCUUGGCGUCACGCGAUUUUAAAUAGUGUGGUUACACCAUCGAAAGGCAUGGACGGUGAUGCACAGAAUGAAUUUAUGUCACCGAUGAGGAUCAAAAAACGCAUUCGUGGUAAACGCACCCGCGAGGAACUUCGCGAUCUCUGGAAGACCGCUAUUCGCCAGACCAUUCUAUUGAAUCGCAUGGAAACCGAAAAUGCUAUGUUGCAGGCGCGUCAAAACGAAAACGAGCUCAAGCGUAUCAAACUCGACUAUGAAGAGAUUGUGCCAUGUGACAAGCAGCUAAUCGAGCGUUGGGAGCAGAUUAUUGAGCGCGACUCCAUGAAAAUCGGCAACAAGAAAGAUCCCAAAGUGUUGGCACAAGCAAUCAAAUGUGGCGUACCACGUUCGAAACGUGGCGAUGUUUGGACUUUUCUCGCCGAUCAGCAUUCCAUGAAUACAGCACCAGUGGAUACUAAGAAAUUUCCCAAUUUCAAUACACCCUAUCACACAUUACUGAAGAAUCUCACUGAACAUCAGCAUGCCAUCUUCAUCGAUCUGGGUCGUACCUUCCCCAAUCACAAAUUCUACAAAGAUCCACUUGGUUUGGGACAAUUGUCACUGUUCAAUUUGCUCAAAGCGUAUUCUAUACUCGAUCCAGAGCUUGGCUAUUGUCAGGGUUUGGGUUUUAUAUGCGGCAUACUGCUGUUGCAUUGCGAUGAGGCCGAUGCUUUCCAAUUGCUCAAACAUCUCAUGUUCAGACGUCAGAUGCGUACCAAGUAUUUACCAGAUAUGAAGAAGUUCCAACUGCAAUUGUAUCAGCUGUCACGUCUGGUCAAGGAUCACUUACCAGAAUUAUAUAUCUGGCUCGAUCAGAACGAUGUAUCGCCAACAUUAUAUGCGGCACCAUGGAUACUCACAGUUUUCAGCUCACAAUUCCCAUUGGGUUAUGUGGCACGCGUUUUCGAUUUGCUCUUCCUAGAAUCAUCGGAAGUGAUUUUUAAAUUUGCUAUCGCUUUGCUGACAGUACACAAAGAUGAAUUGUUGGCGCGUGAUAACUUUGAGGAAAUUAUGGAUUAUUUGAAAACAGUUGUACCGAAAAUGGAAGCAAAUACAAUGGAGAAAAUUAUGAAAUUGGUAUUCACUUUGGACGUCAGCAAGCAACUAAUCGAAUAUAAUGUCGAAUAUAAUGUAUUACAAGAAGAGAUCUCAACUGCAAAUCACCACUUGGAGAUGUUGAAUAGAGAAAAAACACGGAAUAUGCAUCUAGAACAGCAGCUGCAGUUUGCUCAAUCGUCGAUCGCACAGCUCGAGAAGACUCGCUCAUCUCAACAAAGCCAAAUCACCUCACUGCAAACACAGGUGCAAUCGCUCGAACUAACAAUACAAACACUCGGCCACUUCGUCUCCCAACUGGCCGAACACAAUGUCGAACUGGAAUUGCCCGGCGAUGUGCGACGCAUCCUGCAACAAUUGGAGGACUUGGAACGUCAGCGUCGCAAACCACAUUUCACUGAGCGCAAAAUCGGCAAAUCCGUAUCGGUCAACAGUCAUUUGGGGUUUCCACUAAAGGUGUUAGAAGAGUUGAGCGAAAAAGAAGAACAUGGUUCGCCACAAAAGAAGAAGGAGAAGACACCUUUUUUUGAACAUACCUAUGAACAAUUGCGACAACAGCAACGCAACGCACAAACAUCACCAACAUCACAGGCGGCGGCUAUGCAACAACGGAAAUUGCUGAGCAGUGCCAGCAGUUCACUGGAUGACAGCCAACACCUCCAGCAACCACAAACGCAGCAGCCACAGCAGCAGCAACAACGGCCAAAUCGCCUACUCGACUCCCCGGAAAUGCAAUCCAAAUUGACCGAACUCAAACUAUCCGACCAGCUGGAGCAACAGUUUGGCAGUGCAAAUAUACGCAGCCCACUGGAAGUUGACAGUGGUGUGGGUACACCACUCAGCCCGCCCAGCACUAGCAGCAAUAGUAGUACUAGCGGACUAAGCACAGCCUCUACGGGUAGUGGUAGUAGCGCCAGCAAUGGUGUCGGUGCCGGUGGCGGCGGCGGCAGCCUCUUUAGUCGAAUGGGUUAUAAGAAUACACCGACAGCGCUGUCACCACUCAACAGCCGGCAAACUUUAUACGGUGCAGGAAGUAUAACGCGAGGCGCCAGCAAAGUGGUGCCCUCAGUCUCGAUUAUAGUGCCCACUGAGCAACCAGAGUCGGGUGCGGGUUAUACAGAAAUGCAUCCCCUAAGCAUGGUGGGUGAGGUGAAUGUGCGUUUUAAUGGCACAACCCAAUUGAAAUCGAUACGACCCGUGCAUCAUAUGCGCCCGAUGGUCCCAGUGGCAGCGGGUGUGACGGAGACCGCUGCUAGUGUAGACGACAGCAGUGCGAGUGGUAAUAACCUUGAUACGUCGAAUGCAGCUGCCACAAAUGGUCGCAGCUAACGGUUUUGAUUCAUAGCGAAAUUUUUGCGUAGCUUCUAUUAAAGAUACAGAAUAAAAGAACAAAAUACAUAGCAAGUGGAAGAAACAAAAAUAGCGAAAAACAUAGAAAAAUAUAGCGAACGCUGCGGCGAGUUUUCGAUUCGAUUGAUGGCGGAAAGACUUGAAAUAUUCCAAAAGCGGGCAAUAUUUUAGCCACGCGGGAAAAAAUGAUGCACAAAUGAAAAUUGGGAUUUUUACUACUAUUGAAACAGUUUAAAAUAAUUCACACCAUUCUCUCAUGUUCUGUUUUGGAUGUGGAUGUUUCGUAGACAGCCUUUAACCGAAUUUUCAGGCUUGUCUUAAAUUUCGAUUUGGAUUGAAAAGCUAGUUGCCGCAAAUUUUUUUUUUUUAAGUAUCUUCAAUUCGAUUACUUCCAUUGCGGCUACUUGAAGAAAAUACUUUUGGAAAAGCGAUCUUUCGAAAUCUUGAAUAAUUGAAGGCUUAUUUACUUAAGGAAAAAUUCAUUGAUAAUUUUUACCCUUUUUCGAAACGAAGACCACCGCAGUUAAGAGCAACAAAAAAAGUUAUUCAUGUGCAUGUGCUUAAGUAAUUGAAAUUUGCUGUGAUUGCUUGCAACUCAUCAGAAAAAAAAAAUU